UUUUAUACUAUUCUAAACAUGAUGUUGUACACACUUUCCCAGCGUGUGAAGCAACAUGUUUUGUUUUUGCUUCAAAGACAAAACUGCAGCAGUACUUAUCGCAUUUUUAAAUUUGAUUGUUGGAGUUAUGGGGAUUUUCUAUUUUACACCGAAGAUCUAUUAUGAAAAUAAUGAUUUGGAUAGUGACUAUUUAUGUUUCUCAGUAGUAACCUUAAUUGCCGCUGGAAGCCUAGCAAGUGCUUUAAUUUGGGAAAAACCUACACUGGUAACAGUCUAUCAAGUAUUACAAAUUUCAGUCAUGUCGAUCUUCGUUGCCCAUGCUAUCUUUUUCAGAACGACCUUGAUUUUAUACUUUCAGCUACUGACGCCCUGUCUAGGUUUUUUGUUGUAUUGUAUGUACUGCACGUAUAACUAUAGUGUUCAAAUGAGACUCAAGAAUAGGACUCAAUUUGGAAUGAUUCGAAUAUGUCGGACAGAUUCUAUAUGCUUUUGCAACAGAUAUUAUCUGGGGAACAAUUUCAGGAUAACAGAAAGGUUUUAGUAAAACAACGGUUUUGCGAAGGAUGUUUAAUAAAAAUAAGCUAAAUGAUCACACAUUGUCAGAUCACUAUGGGCAGGAAGAACACUACUAGAUAUUAGUAGAUUUAAGGUGUUUUUGUAGGGAAUAUUACAAUAAAUUUAUGUUUUUUAAAAA